AGGCUCAACAGCAUCAUCGCAUCUCUUGACGGCGAAAUUCCGACCUUGGAACUUCCAACGACUACAAUCUCGCCUACUUACUGUCUGUCAGUCCGCUUCGCAAUGGAGGGGCUUCUGUUCAACGUGAACAACGGCUACAUCGAGGGCAUCGUUCGUGGAUACAGGAACGGUCUGCUCACAGGAUCCAACUACUCCAACCUGACACAAUGCGAGACGAUUGAUGAUCUCAAGCUUCAGCUCGGCCCUGCCUACGGCGACUUUCUAGGCAACCUCCCUCCAAACCCCUCGACUUCGGCCCUCGCAUCCAAGACGACAGACAAGCUUGUUUCCGAGUUCCGCUAUGUGCGCGCGAAUGCUGUCGGCGCGCUUGCGCAGUUCAUGGACUACGUCACGUACGGCUACAUGAUCGACAAUGUUGCCCUUCUCAUUACCGGCACUCUGCACGAGCGCGAUACCCGUGAGCUGCUAGAACGUUGCCACCCCCUCGGAUGGUUCGAGACGAUGCCAGUCCUCUGCGUUGCCACCAACAUUGAGGAGCUCUACAACAGCGUUUUAAUUGAGACACCCCUCGCUGCCUACUUCAAGGGCAGUCUGAGCCACCAGGACCUUGACGAGCUCAAUAUUGAGAUUGUUCGCAACACCCUGUACAAGAACUACCUCGAGGACUUCUAUAAUUUCGUCAACAGCCAUCCCGAGAUGAGCAAUACGCCAACGUCGGAGAUCAUGUCAGAGAUUCUUGAGUUCGAAGCUGAUCGUCGUGCCAUCAACAUUACCCUCAACUCCUUCGGUACUGAGCUGUCCAAGGCUGAUCGUAAGAAGCUCUACCCCAACUUCGGCAGACUCUAUCCCGAAGGCACCCUGAUGCUCUCGAGAGCGGAUGACUUUGAGGGUGUGCGUCUGGCGGUGGACGGCCAGUCAGACUACAAAACCUUCUUCGACGCCGCCGGCCUAGGCGGAGGUGCAUCAGGGCCCGGCAACAUGGGUGGCGGCGCAAGCGGCGAUGGCAAGAGCUUGGAGGACAUGUUUUACCACAAGGAGAUGCAAAUCUCCAAGAACGCCUUCACGAGGCAGUUCUCAUUCGCCAUUGUGUAUGCCUGGGUGAGACUCAGGGAACAGGAAAUCCGGAACAUCACCUGGAUUGCAGAGUGUAUUGCCCAGAACCAGAAGGACCGAAUUGGUAACUACAUUAGCGUGUUCUGAUCUAAAUGUCUUGUUUUUCUCCCCAACUUCCUGUAGAAUACCAACCACCAUCUCGCAAUCCCUCCAGCGGGGUCAUCACGGCGCAAGGAGGCACCUAAGGUUAAUGACGCGCAAAAGACCGGCAUUGUUUCUGAUCAGUAUACAUAGUGUACAUAGUGGACAAUGACGAGUCUACACAUCUCUAAACCUACAGUCUUACAGGCUGAUCUGCUCCUUCCACGUAGCCGGAGAGAGUCCCAACGUCGCCAGGAGGUUGGUCCACCUCUCACUGCCCCUCUCCUUCUUCUCCAUGUACCUCAGAAGCCUCUGCCGCCUGUGGCACAGCAGCCGCAGGUUCCUCUUGUUGUGGAUGUCCUUGUAGCCCCUGUUCUGGUUGAGCUCCUGCGAAAGCUUCCUAAUCUUGACGGUCAGGAUGGCAAUUUGCACUUCCGAACUGCCCGUGUCAGGGCCGGCGCGGAUGGGUGCGGCCUCCUGCGUAGCGUGAAUGGAGGCGGGCUUCUGCUUGAGCACUUCAUCCGUGUUGUGGCGGCCGAAUGUCUCAAUGCACCUUCGGAUGUUGACGUGCUUCCGCAUCUUGGAGUUGGAGUUGUUCAUGGAGGUGAUGCGGCUCAUCGCCUCGACAGCACGCUUGUGGCUGAGUUCGUGCUGCCUCUCGGCCUCCUGUUCUGUGGCCGGGUCGACGAGGUCGCGAAUCUCGCUGCGCAGGGGCUUGGACAAGGUGUAAGCGUGCUGAAUGGCGCUUUCGAUUUCGUCGCGGGUG